AUGAAGGUCACUGCUCUCCUUUACACUUUCUUGGCUGCCACCGCUUUGAGCGCCGCAUCAGUCGGCGAGCGGGCUGAGCUGGGUACCUUGGACGUCUGCGGAAGUGGUUAUGGAACCGAUCAAAGGCGCACGAACAGUGGCUGUCAAUCCUCAAACGGAGAUAGACACUUCUGUGGCUGUGACAGGACCGGCGUGGUUGAAUGCCGAGGUGGAAAGUGGACAGAGAUUCGUGACUGCGGACGAAACUCAUGCCGUGGUACCAGUCAAGGUGGAGCCAAGUGCUAG